UGGACAGAAGUAGCAGGAACAACUACAGAGGAAACAUUGCAAAGAUAUCAGCAAUGGAACAUAAGAGACACAGGGCGGUUUUACAAAUCUUCCCUCUUUUCUUCAUGGUUACUCGAUCUUGGCAUGACUUAGAUAACACAGAAUAUGACUGUUGGCCCAUGGAGCACCCAGAUGAACACAACAUGAUAGACUGUGCUGGAUUGGAGAUGAGCUGGGUCAUCAGACCUCCUGAGAAAGUGCGGAGUGGGGAGGAAUUCAAUGUCACCUAUGCCCUCAUUGCUUCCGAUGACUUCUAUCAGACAGCUGUCAUGAAUGGAAUUCUGAAAUACAGCAAUGCAAGUGAAGCCAAAAGAUUUUGUGAAGAGAAGGAAUGUCCAAUCAACUGGAAAGAUGCAACUGAGAGGAACUGCUGUGUUUACCAUGCCAACAUCCACUCCUGUCCUCUGGCAUUCAUGAAAAAAGGUGGAAUCUGUGGUCCGUGGAUACCAGAUGAUGGGAAAAUAGUUACUCACACCAUUUCUCAAGCUGGCAAGAUGUCUCAACAAAACUGGACAAGUAAGGUGGUCCUGAUCCAUGUAGGAGUGACUUCUCUAAUUGCCCAUGUUAAAGUAGGGCGUAUGCAUGCUGCCUUGGAAGCGAAAACAACUGUAUUAAGCGCACAAGUUUGUGACGAUGGUGUUUGCGAUGGGGAUGAGCGAUGUGACACCUGUCCUGCUGACUGUGGAACCUGCCCCAUGACGAUUGGGAUCAAAGUUUCAAUUGGACUUCCGAUCACCCUGUUCUGUGGUGGCUUUAUACUCACUCUGGUGUGGCUGCAAUACCAAAAGCAGAAGAUGCUCUGGGACGAGAGCUGGAUCAUCAAUCUGAAUGAAAUUAAACUAGGGAGAGGUAUCACUGCAGCAGCUGGCAGCGUCAUUACUGUCCAACAAGCCAAUGGCAACUCGGUCACAAGUCUCAUGACAGACAUUACUACAAACACAUGCACUGCAAGCCCAUCACAUAAACAAGGAUUUAUACAGACAGGCAUUUAUGAUGGUCAAACAGUGGCUGUCAAAAGGAUUCCAAAGAAAACUUUUACUCUCUCAAAAACAAUCAGGAAAGAAGUCAAGCAAAUGAGGGAACUUGAUCAUCCAAAUUUGUGCAAAUUUAUUGGUGGAUCUGUCGAAGUCCCCAGUGUUACCAUAAUUACUGAAUACUGUCCAAAAGGGAGCCUGGUGGAUGUUCUGUUCAAUGAUGACAUUCCCUUGAACUGGGGAUUCAGAUUGUCAUUUGCCACUGACCUGGCUCGGGGAAUGGCUUACCUUCAUCAGCACAGAAUUUACCACGGGAGGUUACACGCUAUGAACUGCAUCAUCGAUGAUAGAUGGGUCUGCAAAAUCUCAGAUUACGGCUUAGCAGCUUACCGAAAGGAUGAUUUUGAAGAAUUUUCUCCCACGCUCAAUGCAAGGGCAAGAAGCAUUUACUGUGCUCCAGAAGCAUUUACAGGCUUGACUUCCAAUGUUACCCCAACUGCAGAUGUUUACAGCUAUUCCAUUAUACUGCUUGUAAUUGCAACACGCUGUGAGCCAGUCUCAGGGGACAUUGACCUCGAUAAGGUUGCACCAACUUGGCGUCCCUGCCUUCCCGAGAUUAAUGAUGAAAAGCCCAAUAGUGAUUGCCCAAACCAGGGGGAUUACACUGAGCUAAUCAAAAGGUGUUGGACACACAAUCCUCUUAUGAGACCCACGUUUGAACAAGUUAAGAAGAUGCUUGAGAAAAUGAACCCCAACAAAGUAAGCCCAGUUGACAAGAUGAUGAACUUGAUGGAAAAGUACAGCAAGCACCUGGAAUCUAUUGUGGCAGAAAGGACUCAAGACCUACUUCAGGAGAAACAAAAGACAGAUUCCCUGCUUUACAGCAUGUUACCAAAGCAAGUCGCUGAUGAUCUUCGCCAAGGGAUUACCUCACAAGCUCAAAGUUAUUCAAAUGCUACUGUGUUUUUCAGUGAUAUAGUUGGAUUCACCCAGCUCUCCAGUGCCAGCACGCCUUACCAGGUGGUGGAUUUCCUCAACAGACUCUACACCUGCUUCGAUGCUAUCAUUGAUAACUACGACGUCUACAAAGUUGAGACAAUUGGAGAUGCAUAUAUGGUGGUAUCAGGAGUGCCAAAAGAGAAUGGCAUCAAGCACGCGGCCGAGAUUGCAAGCAUGGCAUUGGAUUUGGUUGCAGUUUGCUCUUCAUUCAUCAUCCCACACAAACCAGAUGUUAAGUUGAAAAUCAGGGCGGGCAUACACUCAGGUCCACUGGUAGCUGGUGUGGUUGGAACCAAAAUGCCUCGUUACUGUUUAUUCGGAGAUACCGUUAACACUGCAUCAAGGAUGGAGUCAACAAGUGAGGCUUUAAAGAUACAAUGCAGUUCCAGUUCUUCUGAACUCCUGAAUGAAACCGGUGGCUAUAUUCUUAAAUGCCGUGGGCCGCUACUUGUAAAGGGUAAAGGAGAAAUGACCACAUGGUGGCUGGAAGGGAAAGCAUGAGCUGGAAAACAGUAAAUCACAGACCAAAGAAGUUCAAACCUAGUUAUUUCCAGCUGAAGACAGCAGUUCUGCACUUGACAAAAUUUUCACAACCAUUAAAUAUCCCAUCUAAUGUCCAAAUCAGAGCUUUGUGAUCAUACUUGUUUUGUAUGGUGUAUGAAUAGGACUGUAUCAAGUUAAUGUUGUCAAAGGUUGUUCAUAGCUUUGGUUUUGUAUUGGCCCGUACUUUUGUGUGAGCCCACCACUGUUGUAAUUUAACACUCCCGACUUCCUGAUCGUUUAAGCAAAACUUAUUGUUGGUAUCAAUUAUUUAAUCAUCAGUAAA